CUAAUUUCACAAGUGUUUUGGGUUAAAAUAUGGUAGAUUCAAAAGCCAUACUUCAACCAAACUUGAACACCUAUCUAUUUAUAUAUUCAAGUUCAUAUGAUUAUAGAUUAUCUACGAAAAAUUUACAAUAUGGAGAUGCAUAACCGUGUAGCCCGUCAUUUGGAAAAUUUGCAUAUUAGUAUAUCAUCUGAAAACGAGUGGUUCAAACAGUGUGUAAAUUUCUUCAUAUCAAAUAACCCAAAUGUAAUUAAUUUGAAAACAUUUAAAUUAGAAAGCUGAGUAAAAUUAAUCAUUUGUUUGUUGUUAGUGUAAUGUAAAUGAUUUAUCUUCUAUGGUGGCAGAACAAUUGAGUUUAUCCGAUUUUCAAGAAAUAGCAUUAUCUAGUUUGCCAGUCAAUUUAAAAGACAAUGAAAAAAAAAUUUUGAAUGGAAAAUAUUGUCUGCAGGUAUCUUAUUUUAAAUUUAAAAUAUUACUAUAAUAAUUACUAAUUUAAAAGCAUUAUGAUAUUACACAAUUUACUUAAAUUUUUUCAACAGGUGAAUACAAUUCUUGAUGUCGGCCAAUCAUGUUAUUCACAAUACAAUGUGUUAGUAAAAAGAGACACUACUAACACUGAAAUAAGUGACACCAAACCAGCUCCAUGGGAACCUAAACCAAAUAGAAUGUUAAAAAUGAUGUGCACUGACGGCCAACAAGAUGUAAUGGCUAUGGAAUAUGAGCCAUUACCUAAUCUCAAAGAACCAUUUAUACCUGGCUUCAAAGUAUGUAUUAAUAUUAUUCUUUUUUGUAAAAUUCUAUUUUGGUAAUAAAGAAUAUAUUUUAUUUAAAUGCACAUUUAGAUUGCUGUUGUUGGACCAAUUGAAUACAGAAAAGGAGUAUUAUUAUUAAAAUCAAAUAGUGUACAUUUUAUAGGUGGUGAAGUAGAACAUUUGUUAAUAAAAAAUGCACCAUUAAAUGUAUUGUGUAGAGCACUGUGAGCAUUUAUCUAAAACUAUUGUAGUUAUUGAUUUAUUAUUAUCUAAAUUAUAAUUUACAGAAACAAACCGGAAUUAGAAAAUCCAUAUAUUUUUUCAAAUUUAGAAGUUGAAAGUAAUAAUACAGAAGAACAGUUAUUUCAAAAUAUCAAUUCACCAAGAGAAAUAUCAAAUGAUAAUAAUAGGGAUGACACCACAAGACUUCAAAAUACAAGAAUAACUCAUAAUAGUAAUCCUCAAAGUAACAAUAGUGGUUUUGUUGGAAAUGGAGUUAUUACAGUAAUUUUUAAUUAUUACAUUGCAUUUAUUUUCUUCUUUUAGCUUAAUAUGUAUAAUUAUUAAUGUUUUGUUUUUCAAUAUUUAUUGAAGUAUGAUGAUUUUUUUGAUGGUGAUGAUGACGAACUGUUGUAUUUGACUCAAGUUGCUGAAAUUGAAACUAAAUUUGCUCAAUCUAAUAAUACAGUAGAAUCAACACCAUUACAAACUUUUAAUGCACAUCAAAAUAUUAUCAAAAAAGAACAAAAACCAACAAAAUCAGUUUCUAAAAAUAAUAAGGUAGAAACUAUUAAAAAGACAGCAACUACUACUAGACAGACUAAAAUAUCUGAUAUUUUAGGUCCAAGUACUUCUACAUCAUCUAGUAGUUCAUUAUUAAGUACAGUUAGACAACAAAAUGAUAAUCAUGUUAAAGUCGGUAACACGGCUGAUAUACAAACAUUAGGAAAAAGAGUAGCAAGUUCACCAUUGCACACAGACACUAAACGGCCUUCAGUUGAACAAUAUAGGCCUGAAGAAAUUUGGGACGAUAUCAAUAUGGAUAUUGAUGUUUCAAAUCCUUUAAUUAAAAUCUUGAAGUGUACCUCAGUUUACAAAAACUCUAAAAUACAAGUAAAACAAAAUGAAUGGGUUUGCGCAGGCAUUUUGCUAGAUGCAAACAAACAUUUAGAAGUCGAAUUCUCGUCUAAAGUAAGUCUUAUAAAUUAGAUAUAACUUAUAUAAGUAUCUAAUAUUAUUAAUUUAUGUAUGUUUAUUUAUAUUAUUAUAUUAUAGGUACUGGAACGUUUAAUUGGAAUUUCUUCUACAGAAGUGCUUCAAAUUAAAGAUAAUCCUCUUAAUUGUGCUCCGUUAAAAGAAAAAAUUGAAAAAGUAUGUUUAACUAUGGUAUUUGGUUCAUUAAUAAUAAUGAUAGGUUAAAUAAAAGGACAUUUUGUUUUUAGGGAAUUAAAGGAGCACUCAGAAAAUUACACUUGUUCAAAGGUGAGAUAACUUUGACAUAUUCAUCAGAUAAGAAUAAGAAACCAAUUGUUACAGAUAUGAAAAUAUAA